UCCCUUUUGCCCCUCGCCCUCGCCCUCGCCCUCGUACAGGCUCCAGGCUCUUCAGGCUAAGAACCCAAGACGCGAUUAUUGAUAUUUUAGGGUUUUCGUUUGCGCUUUUUAGUGCUAGCAAUGGCAUGAUCAUUGAUCAACCCCGGCGGCCAGUGUUCUCCACAACACCAUUGCCUGACACCCGAACGACGAACGACGAACGACCUGACCAAAACUCCCUGAGCUUGCCCUGAACCGGUCCCUGAGCCCUGAGCCCUGAGUUCCUGGCUCUUUUGGGGAGCCUGGAUGCCCGCACGGAGCCCGCUCGGGCUAGCCUCUGCUGUGCUGUCUGGCUAUGCAUUGUUUCUGAUCUGACCUGCUCUCUCCUAUUGAGUAAUAAACAGCUCAGCUCAGUGCAGCCGCAGUUACUGUGCAUCUGCCUCUUGUUUCUUUCUUAUUUCAGCUGCUCCCCCGCAUCUGACAUCUCUCUUCCUUUUCUUUUCUUCCCUACCGCUUAAUUUGAACCGACACGUCCCUCGUUUAUCAUGUCACCGUCUUGGCCCUGGUUCUCCCAACACCAACAACUCAAGCCCGAACACGAAAUGUCGAUUCCCCAGAAAUCCCGUUUUGGGAAACGCUUUUGGAUCAUUGUCGGCUCUGUCCUUCUUGUAAUAGCCAUCGCACUCGGAGUCGGUCUCGGCGUGGGCCUGACACGCAACAGUGGCGGAGGGGGAGGGGGAGACGACAGCCCUCAACCACCACCGGUCAACAACACCAACGCCACCGAGGGCACGUUCUGGCGGCCCGAAGCCGGUACCUCCUGGCAGAUCGUUCUCCAGUAUGCUCUCAAUGACACCACUCCCGAUGUAGCCGUCUACGACAUCGAUCUUUUCACCAACCCAAAAUCCACAAUCGACAACCUCCACUCCCUAGGCCGCAAGGUCAUCUGUUACUUCUCUGCUGGAAGUUACGAGGAUUUCCGACCUGAUUCGAAAUCUUUCGAAAAGAGCGAUUACGGGAAGCCACUAGACGGAUGGCCGGGAGAGUGGUGGCUCAAUGUCAGCUCGCCCAAUGUUCGAGAGAUCAUGACUACAAGAAUUGAACUCGCAAAGACCAAGGGCUGUGAUGGUGUGGACCCGGAUAACGUGGACGGUUAUGACAAUGAUACUGGCUUCGAUCUCACAAAGGAGCAAGCUGUCGAUUUCAUGACAUUUAUGGCUAUUGAAGCCCACAGCCGGAACAUGUCUAUCGGUCUCAAGAACUCUGGAGGAAUUGUCAAUUCCACCCUGCCCAUGAUGCAAUGGCAGGUCAAUGAGCAGUGCGUACAAUACAACGAAUGCGACUCGUUCACGCCAUUCAUCGAGAACAACAAGCCAGUCUUCCAUAUCGAAUAUCCCAACUCGGCUCCAAGGAUCAGUUCUGCCGACAAUGCGACAUUCUGUGAUCGAUCGACUGACGAAGGGUUCUCAACACUAUUGAAGAACAUGAAUCUCGACAAUUGGUAUCAGGAUUGUUAAAUUGUGCA